UCAAUGCCUUUAAGGCAGAGCCAGCUCCCGGGAGAAGACUCAACUGCAGCUGAGCGAGCAGAGAAAAUCCUACCAGUGAACUUGGGCUCCAGGAACUAGCCACUGGUGAACAUAGUGGCCAUUCGAGUAUCCAACCACACAAAAAGAGGAACUCUGCCCUCUUCUUGUCAUUCUGAAAUACUGUGAAACCGGAGUCAAUUCUCCAUCACCUACAGGAAGCCGGGGACUUCCUACUUGGUCAGGACCUUGAACCUUGAAUUCAUAAAAUCUCUUGAGAGCCCCAGGGACAAAGACUUCGUGGACAAAAGCCCUUGGAGCUAGAGACACUCCCAACCCCAGCCUGUGCUUUCCUCUGGAUCCUCCUCACAACUCUCACAGGAGGUCCAAAGAGUCACCUGUACACCUACAGGUACCAUGGGAGGGGCAGGCUGAGCCCAGCCCCAUGCCCUCAGUGUCCUCAUCCAUGAAAUGAUGGGGUCAGGCUACAGGAUCUCACUAUGGCAGCACUAUUGAUGUCUGGGAUAGAAUAAUUUUGCACUAUAGGACAUCCUUGGCCCUGCCUGCCAACUGACAGCAGCCUUCCCCAGUCUUUGUGACAGCAAUGACAAAAACAUGCCUACAUGUUUUCAAAUGCCUGCUGGGCACUGUCGCCCCUGGCUGACAAUCUUUUUAGACUCAAAGUCAUGAAAGUCUGUUCAUAAGUUUUUGACGCUCAGCCAGGAUUAUUUUCCUUCCAGAGUCUUUGUGUGGACUCCACGAUGUGAGGCCAUCACAGGGUGAUAGAGGCAGGAAGCCUGAGUGGUUUCUGGACUGAGUGUGAGAAUGACACAUACUUGCAUUUGAGCUCCAGAAUUCAUUCUCAUCAGAUGUGUGUCCUCGAGCAUGUUUCCUAACCACUCUGAAUCUCUGUGUCAUCACCUCUAUCAUGGGAACUAUAACGAUGCCUCCUCAAGGGCUGUCUAACCUUAGUGGGAUGCCCAGCCCAUGGGAGGUGCUUAGGAAGUGUUGGUUAUGAGCAGUGUGGUAGGGUCUCCUUAGUCUGGCUUUCCAUCUACUGAACUUUUCCUUUACAAUGCUCAUUGCUGAAGUAAUUGAAUUAAUGAUUUAUGUACUCAUUUGUUUAUUUCCACCACCCCCAUUAGACUCUAGGUUCCUAGAAAGCAGAGGAGACCUGGGGGUUCCUAGCUCUUCAUUUCAUCUCCAAGGCAUGGCACACUGUAGGCACUCAAUAAACAUUUGUCAAGUUGAAGAAAUGUAACCUCUGCCUUGUCUUUGUUGUCCAAAGCCCACUGCCUUUAAUAGGAGAAGCCAAAAUGGAGAUUUCACCUACCACAGAAGACUACAGCACGGCCACAGAAUAUGACUAUGGGGACACAACCCCAUGCCAGAAGGAGACAGAGAGGGCCUUUGGGGCCCAGUUGCUGCCCCCUCUGUAUUCCCUAGUAUUUAUCAUUGGCCUGGUCGGCAAUGUCCUUGUGGUCUUGGUCCUCAUGCAAUACAAAAGGCUCAGAAGCAUGACCAGCAUCUACCUCCUCAACCUGGCCAUCUCUGACCUGCUCUUCCUCUUCACGCUGCCUUUCUGGAUCAACUACAAGUUGAAGGAUGACUGGGUUUUUGGUGAUGGCAUGUGUAAGCUUCUCUCUGGGAUUUAUUACGUGGGUUUGUACAGUGAGAUCUUUUUCAUCAUCCUGCUGACCAUUGACAGGUACCUGGCCAUCGUCCACGCUGUGUCAGCCUUGCAGGCUCGGACUGUCACCUUUGGUAUCAUCACCAGCAUCUUCACCUGGGUCCUGGCCAUCUUGGCUUCUAUCCCCGGCUGGUACUUUUCCAAGACCCAGCGGGAGAUCAAGCAUCACACCUGCAGCAUUCAUUUCCCUCCCGAAAGCCUAAGAAAUUGGAAAAUAUUUCAGGCUCUAAAACUGAACCUCUUGGGGCUGGUUUUGCCUCUGUUAGUCAUGAUCUUCUGCUACACAGGCAUCAUAAAGAUUCUGCUCAGACGACCAAAUGAGAAGAAGUCCAAAGCCGUCCGUCUGAUUUUCGUCAUCAUGCUCAUCUUCUUCCUCUUUUGGACCCCUUACAAUCUGACUAUACUUGUUUCUGUCUUCCAAGACUCCCUGUUCACCCAUCAGUGUCAGCAGAGCAAACACCUGGACAUGGCCGUCCAGGUGACAGAGGUGAUCGCCUACACACACUGCUGCGUUAACCCGGUGAUCUACGCCUUCGUUGGGGAAAGGUUCCGGAAGUACCUGUGCCAGCUGUUCCACAGGCACGUGGCUGUGCACUUGGCUAAAUGGCUCCCCUUCCUCUCCACAGACAGGCUGGAGAGGGCCAGCUCCAUGUCUCCUUCCACAGCGGAGCAUGAGCUCUCUGCUGGGUUCUGACUCAGACCACAGGUGGCUGAUCUGGGACCCAGCAGGAAUGACCUGCCAGGCAGACCUGGAGAGGAAGCAGCUUGGCCCUCCCAGCUGGAUUCUCACACCAGGCACUGCAUGGAAUCACAGCCACUCAGGGUUGAGAGGGAGCUUAAAGGUGGCUUAGACGAAAUCGCUUCCAGGGCCCGGUCUUUUCCAUUAACUUCUCCCUAGUGGCAAAAAGACGAAUGGGACAAAGGGUGCCAGCAAAAGACUUGGGCCUAAGCAGGAUUUCAAAUUUGUGAGCAUUAACUUUUGUCAACAAAGCCACUGCAGCUCCCAUUCCCACCCGACCCUCACCAUCCAUGCACUUGGAAAUAAUGAGCUCCUCCGUGACUCUGCCCUGAGCAUGGGAGCCAGCCAGUAGCCAGCAGCUCCUCCCUCACUGCCCCCACCCCCCCCAGCAGGGUUUAGGCUCUUGGGAACCCUGGGGACCACAGGACUCACAAUGGAACAACUUGAGAAUAGGGAUGAGGAACUAUCUUUGACAGUGGAAUUGAGAAUACCCUUCGAGAGAAAUUUUUAUAUUCACUAAAAUCAAAUAAUUCAAGCAGUGGGCUAAACUCAGUCCAUAGGAAUAACAUGUUGUACUUCUUGAAAUUGCCAUAAAGGGAAGGAACUCAUAAUUUCCAUUUAUCACUUCUUUCCUUCUGAAUUUUUUCAGUAUCUCUCCCCUGCUAGUCAGGGUAGGUCAAUUCUGUUGGCUUUAUUGUAGAAAUUAAAAACAGGCAAAAGGAAAUGGGGUUGAGCUUCUUUCUUUUGGCUUCAUCCACAUCUCUGGUUUUAUGGAUCAGAGAGUUCUGACUGCCACCUUGGAUCUAUUAGCAAAGAAUAAUCUGCUCUGUGAGAUGGCAGUGUUUGGAGCUCCAAGGGAGAAAAGUGGCCACCAGAAAGACACCUGACCUUGCAGGGUCAGGGGCGGGGGGGACUCUCCAUCUUAAUGUGGGAGAUGGAGAGGGUCCUUAACUCCAAGUAGUUUAUUUAUCCAAAACGUCUUUAAAAACCUCAUCUCUAACCAAGAACCCCUAUUUAUGUCUUUGUUCCCUUUUCUUUCCCGAGACAUAUAUUUGCUUAAGAACAAUUUCCUUGAUAACAAAAAUUAUUUCUAAAAAAACCGCAAAACCACCAAGAAAAGACCAAAGAACAAAAUCAUCCACAAUGCCACAAUCCAGAGACAACUGGUGAGCAUGUCUCGAUGUUUCUUCCUGUUCAUAUUUAUGAUUAUAACUAGAUAGACUUCAAUUGUACUCCCUGUUGUGUCAUUUUUAAUUAAAGGUACGUUGUGAUCAUUUUCUUACGUCAAUAAAUCAUUUCAAAAUGUUUUUGGUGGCUUGACUGAAGCCUACGGCAGAGGUACCCACUAAUUUGCUCCCCCCAUUUCCUUAUUGCUCACACAAAUGAAUUCAAUCCAGCAAUGAGGCUCUGUUUACAGCAAGCUCUUGAGCCCUGGGUCAUCGAUGUGUGAGGAAUGUCUGUCCCUGGCAAGCACUUAGCUCAGGGAGGCCAGCUGGGCCCAGGUGGAUGGGAGGCGCCACCAUGGAGCUCACAGCGCUAGGGCAGCCAAGGGGAGGAAGGAAUCCAUCAAUCAGAAAGCACUCUAGGCCAAUAGUGUCCCUCUUUAUGACACCACUGGGCUGACCUCUCUCCUUUUUGACACCAGAGUUGUACUCAUACCAAGCCACCCUCCUCUUCCAGGUAGGGACUGACUGCAUUCAGAGGUCAUCUUUGUACAAAGAAGCUGGUACCAUGAUGGUCCAGAAAACUUUUGUCUGGUGAGGAGGAUGUCACAUUGCUUUGGUCUUACAACUCCAUGUAGAAAAUGUGGACAAAUAUAGUUGAGGGGGAUGUCAGCUCUCUUUGCCAUGCACAAAGGAGGACGAGGCUUAACUGAAUUAAGAAAUAUUUGUCUAUU